CGUCGAGCGCGCCUGACGACAAUAGUAAGCGCGACAAUGGAUGCUCCUCUUCCAUGCUCCGAAUACACACGAGUGCGACUUCCGGACCUUUUCCGGUCUUUCCUGAAGGACCAGCCUAGAAUCAACAAGCACUAUGAAGAGGUCAGACAUGAGUCGGAAGAGUGGCUGAACAGCCUCGGCUCUUUCUCGCCAAAAAUGCGAGCCCGUAUCAGUCGCUGCGAUUUCUCGUACUUUUGCGCCAUUGCAGCGCCAACCGCGCCGAGAGACCGAUUCCGGACGCUAUGUGACUGGGGCAACUGGGUGUUCCCCUUCGACGACAUCUUCGACAAUGGCGAACUCAGAGACCAGCCGAAGCAGGCAGCACUUGUUUUGGACAGUCUGAUGGCUCUCAUGCUUGGCCACGUUGACGACAAUGCGGAGCCCACUGGGCUGCGCGCGAUGCCUAUCAUCAUGGCCCACGACAGCGUCUUCCGGCGGAUGGCGGUGUCUGGCGAGGGAGUCCGCACUCGCUUCGCACGCGCGAUGCAGAAGUACUCGACAGGCGUCCUUGUCCAAGUAUCUGACCAGUUCAGCCACUACACACCAGACUUGGCAGAGAUUGUCCUCACUCGGCGUGAAUCAGCGGGUGUGUCGCCGCUGUACCACCUCGUUGAGUAUGCUCAUGGCUUGAGCGUGCCCGGGGAAGUGUUCGCGUCACCCAUAAUCAAGGAAAUGGAGGUCUUGGGGAUGGACAUGGUCUCGAUCUCGAACGACAUGCUCAGCUACCUCAAGGAAGAGCGUGAACAGGUUCCCCACAACAUGGUGGCGGUCUGCCGUAUGCGCGGUCUUUCUGCUCAACAGUCCUUUGACACUGUCAGCGAGCUGCUCGUCGCGUGCUAUACGCGUUGGGACGAACUAGAGUCAUUGUUGAACCAAGACUCUUCGCGAGAACCGCCAUCAGAGUCAGUUACAGCAUAUCUAUGCCUGGCCGAUUCCGCUACGAGGCAACAGGCCUUGCAAUACGUGGAAGGAAUAAAAAACGUCGUUAAAGCAAACAUGUACUGGAGCUUCAAAUCCCAGCGAUACUUCGGCCAAAAUGGAGAGUCCGUGCGGUUGAGUAGAGGGAUUGACGUACUAGUGCAUCCGGCCUAUCUUGACAAAAACACCAUGUCGAACGACCGAUGUGUUCAAGGUAUGCAGAGAAUGGCCUCUAAGCCAUGGAAGAAGAUCCCAAAACAAUGAUCGCGGGGGCAGAAACCAUAUCUGAGAUUAGAAAGCAUUGCAAAAACAUAUAUAAGCUUCGGCUGUCUGGAUAGACUGAUUACGUUGAAUGAACUCAUGUUUCCGC